AUGUAUAUUCGACAUGUAAAUUGCGUCAUCGAGACACCCCACCUGCCUCAACAUCUCCAACACCGACUCCUUAGCCGCCACGCAAGAAAGGGCCUCCGUGAUCCUCAUAUUUGCAAUGUGGUCCUCCGAGAGUAUCUCCCAUGUAAACGGGCUGGGUUUCCCUCCCAUCUCGCUCAUCUGGUCGAACAAAGUCUCCGCCUUUUGGGAAAGCCCGUCUUUCAAAUAAGCGCCCAAGAGCAGAUUACCUAUCCGCGGGUCAAAAGCCGAUUUUACCGAAAGCCACUCAUCAUACAUCUCCUCAGCACCCUCGAUGUCAUCCGAUUGGAUAAGGGCAUAAAUCACCGCUUGAUACCCAUAGUUAGGGAUAUUUGCAAACAAGGCCUUUUGUCCAGUUUGGAUCUAUGGAAUUGUCGAGCUCCAUCUGCUGAAAAACUUGCUCCAUUUUAUCCAGGGAGCCUUGGGACCCACAGGAAGAGAGCCAUAUAUUGUAGGUACAGAUAUCAGGUAGAGGGUCAUCAUCACAUUGAAAGGGAGGAUGGUGUUGGUUUUCUGUUUCUCAUUUCGUCCAUUAGGGACUCGGCUUUUUCCCUCAUCUUUGAGCGGACAAACGCGUUUAGAAGAGAGCCGUAUAUUCUAUUGUCUAUUGAGGCGUCUGGAAUAGUUUUGAAAUACUGUUCGGCGCUCGAAAUGCCGUGCAAUUUCGCAAUGAGGUCGAGCUGGAUGGCAGCGUCGCCGGAGGUUGGUGUGAACCUCUCUGGCAUGUUAUUCAUCCAUUCAUAUAUCUGCAAAAAGCACAAACCUUUUGAUGCUAGAAUUGAAGAAAAGAACUAG